AUGUCAACGAAUAAUAGAGAAGCUUAUCGAUUAUCUUCUAAACAACGAAAACAUAAUACUACAGUAAUACCCGAAAUCUUCGAAGCACCAAAAAUUUUACGAAAGAGAAAACGACGAACGAAUUCAUCAAAAUUAAGUAACGAUGACGUCAUAUAUCAACGUUUUGUUGGUGAUCUUGAAAAAGAGAUUCAAGCCUAUGUAAAACAAUCGUUGCGUGAAAGUCGUUUUGAUACUCGAGCAAAUCAUUGUUUAGAAACAAACGCAUCAAUGACAACUUUGUUAGCUGCAUUGAAAUCAAGACAUGCACCUACAACUAUUGGUACCUAUCGCUCAAAUGAAACAGAGACUGUAAUCAGUUGUUUGAGUAAUAGAGAUGAAACAAACUCGAUGAUAAAACAAAAUGAAAGAAAACGUCUUGAAGCUGAUGUUCAAAAAAUUCUAAGUGGACCGGCCAUGAGAAAUUUCUACACACAUUUUAUUCGACCUCGGCGACACGACGAACUAUCAAAUCCGUUCGAACAAUUACUUUUAUAUGUAUCUGAACAAUAA